UUUCUUUUCUCUGUGGAAUCUAUCCCUUGGUUUUAUCUUUUCACUUAUUUUGUUUCUUUGGAAAUACUACAAAUUUAAGGAAACAAAAUACUAAGGAGGAAACUUAAAAAGUGCUAUUGAAUGACACCCUUUAUGGUUCUAUUGUGUGUGUGUGUGUGUGUGUGUGUGUGUUUUAUUUACUUUUUUGUUUUUGUUUAGUUUUGCUUAACCAAAAUGAAGAAAAUGCAUGCACAGUAGUAAAAGCAAUACUUGGAGCUUAGCACAUUUGAGUUUGAGUGUUUAAAAGGGUGAAUUGUUGAAGAGAUUGUGGAGUAUCCUUGAAUUAUAGAGAGAAUCCAGGAUUUUUGAAGAGGUUGAAGGAAGAUGAAUAACUCUGUUUCAGACAACAGUUUUAUUAUUGAGAGUGAUGAAGAAGAUGAGGAGAAGGAUUUGAACAAAGUUGGAGAUGAUGGUAACGAUUCUGAUUCUUCCAAUUACUCAAACGAAAAUCCACCACAGAGAAAACCCAGUUCUUACAACAUCUCAUGGCCUCAGAGUUACAGGCAAUCUAUUGAUCUAUACAGUAGUGUGCCAUCACCAAAUAUUGGAUUUUUGGGCACACCCUCAUUGUCAAGAUUGAGCAGUUCCUUUCUUUCUUCAUCUCUAACAAGGAGGCACACUCCUGAAACACUUCCUUCAGUGACAAAGCCUCUUAUACAAGCAACAGAAGAUGAGCAGCAACAGAGGCGUAGCUCUCAUACCUUGCUUCCUCCUCUUCCUUCUAGAAGGUCUUCUUUGAUCAAGAAGGAUACAAAGGUAGCUCAUGAAGUUCCUUCUCGCCAGUGCUCUUUUGGACAGGCUGUGCUUAAUGGCAUAAAUGUUCUUUGUGGUGUAGGAAUCCUUUCUACCCCUUAUGCUGCCAAGGAAGGUGGAUGGCUUGGGCUUUCUAUUUUGUUCAUUUUUGCAAUUAUUUCAUUUUACACUGGCCUGCUCCUGCGUUCCUGCUUGGACAGUGAACCUGAACUUGAGACAUACCCUGACAUUGGCCAAGCUGCUUUUGGUACUACUGGACGUAUUGCCAUUUCAAUAGUAUUGUACGUGGAAUUAUAUGCUUGUUGCAUUGAAUAUAUAAUUUUGGAGGGUGACAACUUGUCUUCCUUAUUUCCAAAUGCACACUUAAAUUUGGGUGGAAUUGAAUUGAAUUCACAUACUCUAUUUGCUGUGAUUACUGCCUUGGCUGUUCUUCCUACCGUUUGGCUCCGAGACCUAAGCAUUCUCAGUUACAUCUCAGCUGGUGGAGUUGUUGCAUCAGUUUUAGUGGUUCUCUGCUUGUUAUGGGUUGGCGUAGAUGAGGUUGGCUUUCAUAGCAAAGGGACAACACUCAAUCUUGCAACUUUUCCUGUUGCUAUUGGUCUUUAUGGUUACUGCUACUCUGGACAUGCUGUCUUCCCAAACAUAUAUACAUCCAUGGCAAAUCAAAACCAUUUCCCUGGAGUGCUCUUAGCAUGUUUUGGUAUUUGUACCUUAUUGUAUGCUGGAGCUGCUGUUAUGGGAUACACAAUGUUUGGAGAAGCUACACUCUCUCAGUUCACUCUUAACCUGCCCCAAGAGUUGGUAGCCACCAAGAUUGCUGUCUGGACUACGGUGGUUAAUCCAUUUACCAAGUAUGCAUUGACUAUAUCUCCAGUGGCAAUGAGUCUGGAGGAGUUGAUACCAUCAAACCAUGCCAAGUCUUAUCUAUAUUCCAUCUUCAUCAGAACAGGGCUUGUACUUUCUACCCUGGUUAUUGGUCUGUCAGUUCCCUUUUUUGGUUUGGUGAUGUCAUUGAUUGGAUCAUUACUCACAAUGCUUGUUACUUUGAUACUACCAUGUGCUUGUUUCCUAAGAAUCUUGCGGGGUAAAGUGACACGAUUACAGGCAACUCUUUGCAUUAUAAUUAUCGCAGUAGGUGUUGUAUGUUCUUCUAUUGGAACAUACUCAGCCCUUGUUGAGAUUGUUAAGAGUUUGAAGGGAUGAAGUUUUGAGGCUUAAAUCCUGGAAGAUUAGAACUUUUGCUGUUAUCUACUCUGUCCGUUUAUUCUAUCUAUUUUGAGUGCUCUUCCACAAUUUUGAAUUGAUUUUUCCAUGGCUUUACCAUUUUGUUUAUUUGUGGUUAUUCUGAUUCCUAGUUACCAUAUCAUAAAAAGUUUUGCUCUCGUUUGAAGUAUUGGCAAUGGCAAUUGGUAAUCAUAGAAUGUGGCAGAAAGACACUUGAGAGUUUGUAAGGAGCAACCAAAUGAGUUUGUAGAAGAGAUUUUUUUCUCUGUUUGAAGUGUCUAUUGCAAUAUUUUGGUGAUGAUAAAUGAUAUCCAUGACCAUUUAAUGUAGCAAUAUUGUGCUUACCAAAAGGGCAACAAGGUAAAUGACAUAACACAAUGGAUGAAACUGGCAUCUGAGUCAUGUUUUCAUUCAAGACAGCAAGGUUUGUUAGCUGCGUGGCAGUUUAUACUUGUUGCUUCACUAUACUUUGUUUCAUUGAUCUUAUAAUUUAUGGAGAAUAAUGGUUUGGUUGAAUGAUUUAUAAUCUCAUCCGUGGAGAUGUGGUUGCACUAGUGAAGCAAGUUAUGACUAAUUAAUUUCACUAACCAGCACUCUUUCGUAUCACUUUCUAGUCAUAAAUUUUCAAGACUUCAGGUUUAUUACUCUGAAGAACCAUGAUUAACUUUAACAACCAUUAAAAGCUCCAACUUAUCUUCAAAGCAAAUGCUGGCUUGUUGCUUUUGUUAACUCUUAUGGGGAUGAUCUAGAGAUACCAUUUUAGUUGAUAGAGUCGGUGAUCUUAUUGUGUUAUUGGUCACUAUUUUUUUUACCCACUUUCACUUAUUUUUUAAAUUUCGUUGGUUAUCUUAUUGCUAUUUUCUUUUCCAAUACAAUCUAAGUUUUAUCAGUUAGAUUGGGUUGAGUUAAGAAAAGCAGCUUUGCCAAACAGCAUGAACUAUUUUAAUACGAAACUAUAAAAAAAAAUUGUGUAUUUUUUUUGUUAAAAAGAUUUGAAAAAACUAAGGCCUAAUACAAGCAAUUAAAAGUAAAAAGAGUUAACUAUUGAGUCAUCACUAAAGGAAAGUACUUGAGAUUACGAAGGUUGUCCAUUUUA